UGCUGUAGCUGGACCUCGUUGCCUUCGCAAGCUCGGAGCAUCUGUAGCGCCUACAAUGGCUAAAACUGCGAUGGCUUAUAAAGAAAAGAUGAAGGAGCUUUCUAUGCUUUCUUUGAUCUGCUCCUGUUUUUACCCAGAAUCUCGCAACAUCAAUAUGUACACAUAUGAUGAUAUGGAAGUCAAACAUAUCAACAAACGUGCUUCUGGCCAAGCUUUUGAACUCAUCUUAAAGCCACCAUCUCCUAUCUCUGAAGCACCACGGACUAUAGCCUCCCCAAAGAAGAAAGAUUUGUCCCUUGAGGAGAUCCAGAAAAAGCUGGAAGCUGCAGAAGAAAGGAGAAAGUCCCAGGAGGCCCAGGUGCUGAAACAACUGGCAGAAAAGAGAGAACAUGAGCGAGAAGUUCUUCAGAAGGCUUUGGAGGAGAACAAUAACUUCAGCAAAAUGGCAGAGGAAAAACUGAUACUGAAAAUGGAACAGAUCAAAGAAAACCGUGAAGCUAACUUAGCUGCUCUUAUUGAACGUCUUCAGGAGAAGGAAAGGCAUGCUGCAGAGGUCCGCAGAAACAAGGAGCUCCAGGUGGAACUGUCUGGCUGAGUCCAGCAGUGGAGGGAAUGGGAUAACUCCCCUGCCUAUAUUAUUACAGAUCAUGAAAUAUUAGUAUAGGAAAUGUAUGACAUGGUUUAAAAAAAAAUGAAUCAAGAACUCAAUAAAAACAAAACAAAAAAAAUAAAACAAUGCAGUCUUUGCAGAAUGAUUUGCUUGAUGUUUAAAAUUAAAACUUGGAUCUUAUUUUGUAAAUACUUACAUUUUUGUUAAAAAAUACAAGUAUUGCAUUAUGCAAGUUAUUUCAUAAUCUUUACACGUCCUGUAACAGGCUUUUGAUGUUGUCUAUUUUCAUUCAGUUAAAUUUGUUAGAACUUUGCUAUGAAGUUCUUUGCAGCAAAAUCCAUGCCGAACUGUAUACUCAUUCUAACUGAAAACCAAGUCAGUAGAAGGUCUAUGGUGCUACUGUCCAGUCAUUGCUUAAUAACCUGGAAAGCUUUGCAAUCAAUAAGCGGAAGUCAAUAAGCAAAUUACAGGUAGGCAUUCUUAUUUGAUUAAAUGAUCCAGAAAAUGAAGUCAUAGAACAUUAAGAAGUCAUAAUUUAUUUACAACCCCAGUCUUCUACUAUAGAGAAAAGAGGGCUGCACGAAACAGAAACAAGCCCCACAGGGUUCAGUGAAAUUUAUCCCCCAAAGGAUCUAAAGGAGAAAGCCUUAGAGCACACCAGAAUUUUUUUCUGGGUAAAUAUGCAUAGCAUUGUGCUAUAAAACAGUAUUCACUAAAGCUGUAUGUCUUAAGUUUAAAAGAAAAAACGAUUCUCUGUUUCCAAAAAGAAUUUUCUCAACAGGAAGGCAAAUAGAUAUGUGAUUUGAACUUUUUUCUUUUUUUAAAAAAAAGGCAUUAUAUGCAAUAGGGAAUGAACAACCAUAUUUGUUCGAAAGCUUUUUUUUUUUUUUUUUUGAAAGGCUGGAUUCCAAAAUUGCCCAGUUUCAGAUUCACUGCUGGAGAAAUUCAUGGAGUUUAUAGGUAUAGAAACUGCACUCAGUUUCCUUAUCUUAGGCUCUAGCCUUCUAAAACCUGGUGUACUCCUGUUGUGAUGGCACUGCAAUUCCUAAACUGCAGUUCUAGAUGUUCCAUAAACCCCAACGUAUUUGAAGGGUAUCAGUUUGGGAAAUAGGCAUACAGUCUUGUCUCCAGUUGCUAAAAACCUGUGAAGCAACCAAGAGCAUCUUUGCAGACAGAAUUCCAGCCUUAAGCUUUGUGAUUUCAUUCAAGCUUUCUUUUGUGAAAGAUGUUCUGUGUGCUAUUUUUCAUCCCAAUUCAGUGAGCUGGUCUUAAUCCUACUGACUUCUGCUCUACAGUGUUAGUCUGUCCUGCCUACUUUUAAAAUACUAUCUAAACAAUGAGGGCUGAAGCAGUCAGGAUGGCUAGCCGAGGUGCUUGUGUCAAGUAGUAUCACCAAACUCAACACACAUACUGUCUGAAACAGCUGCCAGCUUGAAGGUACCCCAAACUCUCCUGGAAAUUGCUGCCUGCUUAUUCUACUCUUCAUUAGUGCUAUUUUCCUGUAUGUCAUUGUGAGCAAGCUGUGAUUAAUAAAGAA